CAUCAAAGCAAAGUGGUAGGCUAAAGGGUUGUAAAAAUAGGCCUGGGUGUGCUUUGCGAGUUGAGUGGGCUGUGCUGUGUGUGUGUGUGUGUGUGCGCGCGCGCGCUUGAUCUCAAGAGACAAGAGACUAGAGAGAGACCAGAUCAACUGAGUUUUCUUUCACUCACUGCUCAGAAUCUUCUACGGUAGAAUCUAGAUCUAGAUCUAGAUCUAGAUUCUAGAUUUUCCACAGUAACUUACGGAGGCAGUUGGAAACCUGGAAUAAAAGUCAGUGUGCCAAAGUAGCUCCUCGAGUGGUUCAUGGUUGUCAUGGAGACGAUACUUUCUGGUUUGCCAAAUCUUCAACUGCGAGAGAAGAUUCGCGAUGACGACUUUGUGGAUCAGCUGCACCACUUCAUCACGGUCUACUUGCUGGUCUUUGGCGGUAUAGCUAUUGGCCUUAAAGAGUUUGCUGGCUCCCCAUUGGAUUGCUGGUAUACAAAUCACAGCUGGAAACACUAUCAGGACCAUGCCAACUCGUAUUGCUGGUACCAUAAGCUCUACCAAUACCCCAACGAGCAUAACCUUUCACAGGUUCCAUAUCAACUGGCCCCUCACGGUGGCCCAAGCAACUUAACAGCCUUGCAGAACAAUGAGGAUCUGGGGGAGAUCAACUUCUACCGAUGGAUCACCAUUGUUUUUAUAUUUCAGGCUUUCCUCUUCAAACUGCCCAACCUAGUGUGGACAGAAUGCAACGAGUAUUCGGGCACGCAGAUCGAGAAGAUGGUCACCCUGAUUGGGGAUAGCAGUUUCGAGGGGAAGGAUCGCAAGGCGUCGGUGUUCUCCUCUGUGGCUGAGUUCAUGGAGCGAUGGCUCGUCAUCAACCGCAAGCCGUUUUGGUUCAUGAAGAGUCGCGUUGGAAUGCAGACCAAAAAGAUCCUGCAGCACUGCAUGCUGUGUGUGGGCGCCAACACUGGCAACUACUUGUCUUCCAUGUACCUGGUGGUCAAGUUUUGCUUCCUCUUCAACGUCCUCAUGCAGUUUGUCAUUCUCACCGCCUUUCUAGACUUCAACUACUGGGAGUAUGGACCCAAGGCUGUGCAGUACUACCAAGACUCAGGGACCAAAAUAGACUCAGGUCACUUCCCGCGCGUGGCGCUGUGCCACUUCCAGGUGCGGGGCGAGGGCCAGUGGAUCCAGUGUCUGCUGACAAUCAACAUGCUGCUGGAGAAACUGUUCCUCAUCGAGUGGUUCUGGCUCCUGUCUCUGCUUCUCAUCACCUUGUACAGCUUUGUCACGUGGCUCAUGAGGAUUCUGCGUACAGAACAAUCCGUCAAGUUUGUCACCAAGUAUCUGUCUGUGUUCAGUGAGGAUGGAAAUGUACCCCAGGAAGGAAGUCGCACAGUGCCGAAAUUUGUGGUUGAUUACCUUGGCAACGACGGUGUCUUCCUUCUGCGUAUCUUAGCCUACAAUACGAACGAUGUAGCCAUGUCAGAACUCAUGAGCAGGAUCUGGCUCCGCUACUGCGACUACAGAAACACAGCAAAGAGACCAUCGGAAAGCCAGAAAACUCCAGAACCUUCUGUGGAUAUUCAGCUAGAGGAGCUAGAACUGAGUGAAAAGGGCAAGAAUGCUUCCCGUGAUGAAACCAAAGGAGCCGGGGACUCAAGUGGAAACCCUUUGAUUAUUGAUGAUAAACAUCAUAUUGCCUGAUUUGGCUAUCUUUUCAUGACUUAAUUGCAGGAAUAGAUCCAGCUUCGUUUCUUUAUUGGUGUCCUCUUUCUAAAAUGUCAGCUGUUCAGCUGUUUGUCAGAAUCAUAAAGAUAAGAUGCUUGUUGAAGAAAGGCUAGCUUGAAAUUUACCCUAUUAUAAAGAUAAUAAUAUUCUUGUAAAAGAAAAGCAACUCGAAAUUGAAACAUGUCAUGAAGAUAAGAUGCUUGUUGAAGAAUGGGUAGCUUGAAAUUAACCCCUGUCACAUAAAGAUAAGAUGCUUGUUGAAAAGAUGCGAGCUCUAAAUUAACCCUAAUCAAAGAUGAGAUGCUUUUUUAAGAAGAGCAAGCUGGAUGUCUACCCUAGCCUGUUUUAUCCAUUGAGAAGAUUUUUUUCUCACCCAAUACCUUUAGUAGCACCAGUGCACUGGAGACGCACUUCAGCUAAAAUAAUCCAUGACACGGGUUUACCGAUGAAAGGAAAGAGCUCUGAAUUUUCAGGCAGAAAAAGGCAGUAAUUUUCGGUCUAUCAGAACACUAGCUUCUGUCUGCACGCUAUUAUGGGAUACCAACAUGUCUGACUGCACCCUUUCUUUCACACAUUUUGAUGACAUUAAGUGUUGAUUUGUUGAGGGUUUUAACUUUUUUUUUUCACGAUGAAACGCCCUCUCUACGAUUAGGGUAAAAUUAGGAUCAGGAGCCCAGGGUUCCAUGGUUAAAAGUGUUCUUUCCUAUCAAAACUUGUUAUCAUACACAAUUAGACUUCUCUUGGUCAUUUUAUAAUGUAGUUUUACAUGAUAGGUUCCAAUUUCAUGUGAUGAUUUGGUGUACGCAUUGUGCCAUAAUUUCGUUCAAGCAGUUGAAGGUCUCUAAAACCCCACCGAUUCAAUGCACGAUGAAGACUAUAGUAGAACUUUUUGCAUGCAUUUCUGUUUUCUGUAAUUUCUUGAAUAUUUUACCCCUCCUUGAUGUCUUUGGUAUUGUAUUCCUCGAGAUAAAGGAAUCAUUUUUUACAAGCUGUCUUUCGUUUCUGUUCAUGAUUCCGUUCUUUGAUUAAGAGCAUUCUAGUAAAACGCGUCUCUGUUUUUGUUAAAUUUUUGUUGUCAAAUAGGGGAUGGAACAGGUGAUGGAACUCACUGUUUUUUUAUUAACAGAAAAGAGAUUUUCUGGUUCAGGGUCAUUAAAUAAGAGCCAUUUUGGAUUCUGUCCAGUGGCUAUUUUAUUUUUAAAAUACUUGGAUUUCAGAAUCCACAAAUAUUUAUAUUUGCACAAAAGCUUUUUUUUAUGAUUCAUUAAAAGCGAUUUUUUCAAACCCCCACCCCGCCUACUCCUUUUCCUUGUAUAAUCUCUUUAUUUACUGUUUAUUUUUCAGUUCAGUCAAUUUACAGAGACCAUUGAUCAGAUGUUAAGUGAAAUGAAAGUUAAUCACAUUGAUUUUACGUAUCAAAUUCAUCAAUUUAUUUUUUACUAUUGAACCAUACUGAAAUUGUUUUUAGCCAAUUUGUAUGGUCACACGCUUACCUUACAGUGCAGGGUAAACUAUAUUACGAGGAAUUUUUAUUUUUAUGUGAUUUUUCUCUGAUUUUUAUAAACAUUUAUAACAUUUUAUGUUUUUUACUAAGUUAAAUGAAUGUUGAAUUAUUUGCUCUAGAAUUUUCUAACUUGUCGAACUUUCAGUGUUCAGUAUAUUUAAUGUCUGUGUUGAGUGUAUUGUAGCCAAAUAGUGUAACAAUAGAUGUCAGCUUCAUCUCUAGGUGUGACCAUAAAAAGCGUGCAAUUCUGACUACCUGUUGACAGUUUUUUUUUCUUUGUGGCUUUGGUACUGUUGUCGUAGAAAAUAAUUUCUGCAUUGUGAUCGUCAGCAUUUUUUUAGAGCUAGAUUCUUGUCUUCUGGCCAUUAGACUGAACUUGUCAAUAUUUAUUCGUUGUCAGGUCAGGGGUGGUUAGAGGGCGCCACUAGAAGGUGCUGUUUCUUUCCUUUCCUUUCCCGUUUGUUGUUCCUUUCUGUCUAUCUUAAUAUGUCCUUGCACUAAAUGACGAUUAUUGUGUUGAUGUGUUUCUUUUUAUUCAACAAAUAUCCUUUUUCCAAGGAAGAUGAAUGUCAAGAUAUCUGUCACUAGUGUUUAAAUGUGUUAGAGCUAUUUGUGUUUUGUGACUGGAACAUUUCCAUCUACAUCUUUGAAAAAUUACUGAGUGAGGUGCUAAAAAUAAAAAUACACUCUUUGUUGAUUUUCCUUUUAUAUUACUUUCCUUUGACCUGACUGAUCUCAUCUAUAUAGUCUUGAAUGCGUUACUUAAGAAGUCAAGAGGAUGUGUUUUGGAAUUACAAGAUCUGUGCCUCUGUAGAGAAAUGUGAAAUACUCAACUGUUUGAAAACAAAGUUAUGUCUGUCAACUGGUUUGUAUGUGUUCAUUGUUGUCAAACUAUAAUGUCUCUCUCCUGUAAGAAGCAAAGUGACAAUCGUCUCCUCCGAGCUUCUCUUUGUGUCUGAUGUAUAAAGAUUUGCCUUUCAUUUUUCCCAUACUUGUGCCUUUGAACUACUCACAAACGCUUCAUACUCUCCCUUGUGAGUGUGAUUUCUUUGUGUGGCCUGAGAAAACCUUUUGCACUGUUACAUUUUCCCUGAUUUAAUGUGACUUUCUUUUUGUGUUAUAUAUUAUUAUAUGGUCGAUUUAAAAAAUUCAGGGAUUUCAAAAUUUAGUUGCCUUUUUAAAAAUUUAACAGCUUUAAUCCAUUUGCUCUGUUAAAUUUUCCCUGAUUUAAUAUGAAUUUCUUUUUGCAUUAUAUAUGAGAUCUUCACUGACUUAAGACAAAAAAGUUAGAAACAUAAAAAAUUGUUUGGAAAGUUUGUGAUCAUUUUUAGGAACCUCUAUGAAAUAACAAAAUUAGAAAAUUUUCUAUAACGCUUAUAUCUAGAUAAUGAUUAACUGGUUCUCAAUCAGUGUAAUACUUUGCUCCUCAUUCAUUUCCACAAAGUGCUAAUGUUGUCUUUCAUAUUUCAGAAAAUGCUUUGUGUUACUUUCAAUGGUUCUCACAAAUACUCUUUUUUUUUCAUUGUUUUGUAUUAUUCCUCUUUUUGGUUGCCAAUUUUUAGUCAGUUUCAAAUCCUGAGCUGAAAUAGUUCUCUUUUAUUACUUCUCCAUUUUUUCAUUUAAGCCUCAUGGCGAUAGUUCAUUGUUUAUGUGUUUUAUGUCAUGUAAGGAUCACAUUUGUUGACGAAA